AUGCAAAUGAAGGCGGUGAAUUUAGGACAAGGAUUCAUGAAUUUUGCACCACCAGAUUUCCUCAAUGAAGCGGCAAGAGAGACUAUCCUGCGAACCGAUUGUAGUCAGUACAGUCACCCUAAAGGGCGUAUUCGUCUCAGGAAAGCCUUGGCAAAAGCAUAUGAUCCAUUAUUCCGGGACAGAACUUUGGAUCCCGAGACUGAAAUUGUGGUCACUGCCGGGGCGAAUGAAGGAAUAUUUGCAAUAUUUGCUGCGUUUCUCGAUGAAGGUGACGAAGUCAUUCUAAUGGAACCUUUCUUCGAUCAAUAUAUUGCCAAUAUAGAAAUGAAUGGAGGAGUUCCAGUAUACGUUCCACUCAGGCCACAAGGCGGACCUAACGCAACAAUAUCGUCGAAAGAUUGGACUCUGGACAUUGACGAGCUAAGAUCAAAGAUAACGCCUCGGUCCAAAGUUAUCGUGCUUAAUACUCCUCAUAAUCCAAUCGGGAAAGUCUUUUCCAAAAAAGAAUUGGAAGAUAUAGGAAAGGUUGCUACUGAAAACAAUUUAUUGAUCCUGACAGAUGAAGUGUAUGACCGACUGUACUUUAGGCCAAACACUCACGAAAGGAUAGCCAAUCUUCCCGGGCUCUGGGAACGUACAAUUACUGUUGGUAGUGGAGGAAAGACUUUUGGCGCGACGGGGUGGCGAAUUGGUUGGUUGAUUGGCCCAAAAGAAUUAGUAGAGGCGGCAUUGGCUGCUCAUGUAAGAAUUGUAUUCUGUGUCAAUUCCCCAUUACAAGAAGCGAUGGCAAUUGGCUUUGAACAGGCUGACGCCCAUAACUUUUUUGAAAACCAGCUCGAACUUUACGAGCAAAAACGGGCUUACAUGAUGUCCAUCUUUGAUGAUAUCCCUCUUCCAUAUACCAAACCCCAGGGCUCUUAUUUCAUUCUUGUUGACAUGUCAAAACUCAAACUACCUGGAGAUUACGAAUUUCCAGAGAUUAUACAGAAUAGAGGUUAUGAUUUUAAGAUUUGUUAUUGGUUGGCGAAAGAGAUUGGAGUUGUGGCCAUACCACCAAGCGAAUUCUAUUGUGCUGAAAAUAGGCAUUUGGCCGAGUAUUAUGCUAGAUUCGCUUUUUGCAAAACCGAUGAGACACUAAAACAAGCCAGAGAAAGACUUCUGAAACUGAAAGAUCAUAUUUAA